AUGACACUGGUCGCUUAUUUCCUACUUGGUAGCAUAUUGGCCUACUGCCUGGUUACCCUCAUCUAUCGCCUCCGUAUCCAUCCACUCAGCAGAUUCCCAGGGCCCCGCCUGGCUGCUGUGACAGGCCUCUAUGAAAUAUACUUUUCAGCCUGGGGUACCAGUUCUUUCGAUGACGAGAUUGCGAAAAUGCACCAGAACUACGGUAGCUUUCCACAUACUCCCCCGCAUCGGAAAGACUCGUUACUGACAGUGGCAGGUCCCGUCGUGCGCAUUACCCCGGACGAGGUCCACGUCCAGGAGCAGCUGUACAACACCAACUACGCUGAUUGCUGGAUCAAAGGUAUCAAAGUCUUGGACUCCGGAUCUCGCAAAUUGGGUGGAGGCUCUGGGCCCUUCCAGUUUCGGAAGCGAUCGAUUUCUAGAGUUCGAUCAAUCCUCCAGGUGUUUAGCUCAAGGAUGCGACCCUUCUUCCCUGCUUCAAGCCUACCUGUGAUCCGUGUUGAUCCCUCGGAAGAGAGCGCCCUGGAAGACGGACACCAGAGUGCCUUCUCCUCCCCCAACCCUCGGUCCAAGGAAAUCUCCGGUGGGGGAGAGGCGGGGUAUCCAGACCAGCGGAAGCCGAAAGUCAAUGGAACAGGUAUAUAG